ACUCGCCACUGUCCAUUCAUUCUUUGCCCGACCGUCGAUGAACGAACAACGAACAUCCCGGCGUUGUGUCGUGCCUGAUCCCCCGUUAUCGUUGACCAGCGUUGACGGUUGACUUGCGCGGCAACACAAGCGAAGAACCGUUCGGCGUAGUGCGCGGAAAGAGUGAGUGCCCAUAUAGGUCGCUUAUGUUGUCGCCGAUGGAUCCGACGGUAAACAGUACCGGCGGGUCGAGUGCCUGUGCCGACUACCGGAAGAAGCGCAUCAAGAACGUGCAAAAGCUUGAGCUGGUGCGGUUAAUGAAGGCCAACUUUCUGUUCAUCCGCGGCAAGCAUGCCGUCGCGCGCAGUGAGAAGAGUCGGGCCGACGUUUGGAAGGUGAUUACCGGCCGGCUGAACAGUUUGGGCCCACCGGUCCAGUCGGCCGAAGCGUGGCAACGACGCUGGAAUGAUAUGCGAUCGGCUACGAAGAGCAAGAUGGCCAAAAUUCAGAACUACGUGCGCGAGCACGGUGAAGACUGCCCGUACAAGCUGAACCUGGUGGAGCGGCUCAUCUGGGACACGUUCAGUGUGAAGCCGGAGGAGUACAUGAAGGAUCUGAACAUGAAGCUGUGGCGCGAGAAGCAGCAAAAGUGUGCCGGACCGUCGGUGGGUGACAGUGUGUCCUCCUGCUCGUCCCAGCUGUCGGCCGACCAGAGCUUCGACAUGGGAUGGAAUCAGGUGGGGACGACCGUUCACGACACUGGUGCCACCGGGUGGAGCUCCGCGUCGUUCGCUGCCAUGGGCAGGGAGGGCGGUGUGAUGGAGGACACGAAUCGAACGGCCCCUUUCUAUCCUACUUCCAGCACUAGCCAGCCGGAUCAAAGCUUCGGACCACCAGCACAGCCGAUGGAAAUGGACUAUGCGGGAUAUUCGGGAGCAUCCACAAGCAGCAACGUAACGCACCUCAGAAGCUUGGAAUCAACGACUCACUGGCCAUCUGCGGGCUCAUCUUCCGAGGAGCAGUCAAAGCUAAUCCCGAGUGGAUCGACGGAUCUCGUGCCCGGCAGCAAGGUGUUGCGAGAGCUGAACAAACUGUUCGAUCUGGUACUGAAACAAAAUGAAGAAAUUCUGGCCUUGCUAAGGCAACCCGCAGCCAAUGAGCAGGAGAACCGUGUGUGAUGGAAACCAGUUCACGAAGAGUUCCUUAACAAUAGUAAACUAUGCUUGUAAAGAGUGUCUAAAGUUAAAAUAUAUAACAUACAGUAAAUCAUA